AUGGAUGCCUCCAACUCGUCUGUCGCCUUCACCUCAUGCGUGAGCGGGGUCGACUCUUUCCUGCCACACACAGUUGAUGAGCUGCGGACCAUGCUCGUCCCACCUCAUCUUCCCCCCGAUAACGAAGAGCCGUUUCUGUUCAUUCUUUUCCGACGGACUAACGCUAAUUUCAGGAAUGCCCUCGAAAGCACCACAUCCGAGAUCUCACGCCGGAUAGCUAUUGUCGAAGACGCGAUAGAAAAGUACAAACAUAUCGUCGAGAAUUCUCAGGAGCGCGAGUUAAAAGUCAGAACCCAUAACAUGGCGAUUGCCGCACUAGAGCUACGCUGUUUCCUAUCACCUUCCACGAAGCACCGAGAACAAUACAUGCAAUACUUCAACACCGCAGUGCCAGACAUCAGAGACCAUCCAGCCGAGUAUAGCUUCCGCGAAAAGUGGAAGAGAGAAUUACAAAUGGCAGGCGCGGUCGGCGGGGAGAUGCCAUCGAGCAGCUCAUCGAACGGCGCCCAGCCUCUCAGCCCCUCAAGUCAGGCUGUCUUCCCCCCCGGUGAUGAUGAGAGAAUCAAGUUUUCGAGGCGAUAUGCAGCCGUAGCCGAGCGUUUCAACUCUGAAUACGACAGAACGUAUGAUGUCAAGCACCUAGCCGAGUCCGUGGAUAGCCUGAAAAGGGCAGUUUACCAGCUACCUGAUGGGUUCAAGAAGGAGCAGAUCGUGCUAAAGGACAAUCUUUGCACAAAACUUGGGAGGAUGGCAGAGGCGACGGGGAGUUCUGCUGCUAUAUCCGAAGCGUUGGUUAUUAAUAAAGAGUGCCGGGAAGCGGCCGAGCAGCUCCCUGACAAGGAUGGGCGUAUUGUUUUCGCUCGCACUUUACUACAUGCUGGCAUCCUGCUCAAGAUGCGUGCGCUCAGCAACGGGACUUAUUCAGACCUGGAUCAAGCCAUCGAGUGUCACGACGGAGCCUUGCAAGUUCUCAAAGCUCAGUCCGGACAGGAGGUGGAGGCGAUGAAGGUCGCUCUGACAAUCGAGAUUACGGCCUGUCUUACAAGGAGAUUCUGGACAUUUGGGGGAUGCAAAACCGACGUGGAAAGGGCCGUCAGACUCUGCACAGUGGCCCAGAGAACGCGGCGAGGUUAUGAAAUACAGGCGACCUUGUCCGAAGCCCUACUGGCAAGGUAUCACGCCACUCGCUCACCAGACGACUUCCAUCGCGCCUUCGUUCACGGCGCGAAGGCUGUUCUCCAGACCGACAGAAACGACCCCAAGUAUGCAGAAUACCUGCAAUUUCUGGCGGAGAUAUAUUUGGAUGGCUACGAGAACUAUGCGAGACAGCCUAAUUUGCGGUUCAUCAGAGCGAGAGCGCGAGCUGUUCGACCGGGUAUUAGCACAGCUCUUCCGCGGCGGAGAUAUCGUCGCAUCACGAGAGUCACCUCGGUGAAGACGGUGGGCCUAGCUGUUCCGACCCAUCGACAGCAGGAUCUGAAAACAGCACUGCUGCUACUUAGAGUGGCGGCCACCUCACCGGCCGUCCCAAUGACGCGACUUCUGGCCUCAGCGCGGCUGGGUCUGUGCCUCUGUUACUUGCGGAGUUGGUCUGAGGCGAGCGCUGCGUUGGACGCGGCUCUAGCUCUGCUGCCCAGGGCGGUGCCUCGCAUCCUACCGCUCCAUGAUACCUUAGGCAUCCUAAAGAAACUAUAUGGCAUGUCGACAUUGGCCGCUGGUGCCAAGCUUCGAGCAGGAAAGAGUGCCUGCGAAGCAUUGAUGGCACUCGAAUCCGGACGGUGCUAUUUGUAUGGGAUAAUGCUUUAUUCUCGCCCCGUGCAAGCUGCUAGCCCCGACCUUGCGAAUCAGCGCAAUGCAAUACUGGCCCGAAUCGACACUUUCCAGACGCAAGAUCCCGGGUCCCCGGUUGUAUCCACCAUUUCAGAAAUGGUCAAGAAUAUAGACACUCUGAAGUUACUCGAUUCAAAGAUACGUCAACAUCCUGGACUUGAAAACUUCCAACGGCCACUAACGGAAGGUGAUCUAAUAUCCCUUGCUAGUGAAGGGCCGAUUGUCUGUUUCAUCACCAACCAAGCGGGGAGUUACCUCAUCGCCGUCACGCAAGAUGAUAUUAGAAAGCGUAAACUAACGGGCUUAGAUGAGUCGAAGCUUCGCGCCGACGUCCGGCUCGCGACAAAACCUAGACCAGUCACGAAGGGAGUUGCUCAAACGCUCCAGGACUAUAACAAGGACCUAAGCAAAAUCCUUAGCGAUUUGUGGACUAUGGCAGUUCAACCGGCGUUAGACGAAUUGGGACUGCUCCUCAAGCCGGCCACCGGCUUGACCUCUAGGAUCUGGUGGAUCACGUCCGACCUCAUGGGUCUGCUGCCCAUCCACGCGGCGGGGCAAUUCAACCUCCCCGACAAUAGCCUGCUUUUCGGACAGGCCGUGCGGGAAAGUGCAGGCGACUUCAUUGUUUCCUCAUAUACUCCCUCAUUCCGCCUGCUUCAGGAGUCACGGCGCAACCGCACCGCGCUGCCUGAAAAGGACCAGUGUCAUAUCCUCAUGGUUGCGAUGCCCGAAACUGCUGGCUGCGAUGACCUCAACGUCGCCCAAGAUAUCGAGUCCGUCCAGCAGAUACUGAAAUUGGCCGGAUGGCGAGAACCAGUAGUCCUGAUGUGCCCCUCCAAGGCCGAAGUUGUCGUUGCAUUGCUGAAAUGCCACAUCGCGAUAUUCGCAUGCCAUGGAACAGCCAACCGUUUGGACCCGUCGCGCAGUGGGCUUCUGCUCCGUGCCAAUGAGAGAGGGGUUCCGGAAAUUCUGUCCAUGACAGACCUGCAGGGACUGGGUCUCAUGCAUGCCCGGCUAGCCUGUCUACUGGCGUGCUCUACUGGCAAGAAUGCUGCGAGGUGGCUCUGGGACGAAUGCAUCCACAUCGCGGGCGGCUUCCAGCUCGCCGGAUUCUCUGAGGUGAUCGCGACGCUCCAUCCGGUGCAGGACCGGAUCGCGAGCAGGGUCACAAAGGCACUCAUGGGCGAGAUUGUACAGCGACGGGAGGAUGUGAGCUUUGCUGGAGCUUUACACUCGGCGCUGAAGGCAGUGAGCAAGGAUGACAACGUGGUGGAGUGGUGUCCUUUCGUUCAUUUCGGAGCCUGA